UCCUGCAUUCCUCUCUGGUUGCUACCCGACUUGGUGGAGAUGGCAGGCGGCGGCGGCGGGAAAAAGGACCGCGGCGAAGGGCUCGGGCGCGCGCUGGUCCGGCAGCGCAACAAGGCAGCUGCGGCCGCCAAGGCGAGGGGCCAGGCGCUCGUCAUCUCCCGCCGCGCGCAGCAGGCGCUGCCGCUCGAGUCCGUCAUCGAGGUCAGCGACAUCGACGCGGUCCUCCAGAGAGCGGCCGAGGAAGAACUCCUCCACGGUGACGACGCGGAAGGCGCUGCUGCGCUUACUGCUGCGCUCGGUUCCGGCCUCAUCGAUCUGGAUGGGACGGGGGAUACGGAGGAAGAGAGGCGGCUUCUGCGGGAGGAGCAGGAGGCCCUGCACGCGGAUAGCCUCAGGGUGCCCCGCCGACCCCCGUGGACUGCUCAGAUGACGACUGAGGAGCUUGACAGCAACGAGAAGCGCGCCUUCCUGGAAUGGCGGCGGAACCUCGCGAGAUUGCAAGCGAAUGAAGAGCUUGUCCUUACACCCUUUGAGAAGAAUAUUGAUAUCUGGAGACAGCUCUGGAGAGUGCUUGAACGCAGUGAUUUGCUCGUGAUGGUUGUCGAUUCUCGAAAUCCGUUGUUCUACCGUUGCCCUGAUCUUGAGGAAUACGCACAGGAAAUUGAUGAGCACAAGAGAACGCUGCUCCUUGUAAACAAGGCUGAUCUUUUGCCACUGGAUGUCAGGCGGAAAUGGGCAGAUUACUUCAAGCAACAUGAUAUUCUCUACUUAUUCUGGUCUGCUAAAGCUGCUACUGCUGCUUUAGAGGGGAAAAAGUUAAGCGGCUACUCCACAGAAGAAUCACCAGAUCUUGACACAAAGAUAUAUGGCCGGAAUGAACUCUUGGUGCGGUUGCAGGGUGAAGCAGAGUAUAUUGUGAGCCAAAAGGCUACAUCAGUUGCUGGAGAGGAUCAUGAAUCUAGUUCUAAUUCUGCCAUCGUGCGACCCAAGCAUGUGGUUGUUGGAUUUGUUGGUUAUCCAAAUGUUGGGAAGAGUUCAACUAUCAAUGCGCUGGUAGGUCAGAAGAAAACUGGUGUAACUUCUACACCUGGCAAAACGAAGCAUUUCCAGACACUGAUAAUCUCUGAAGAGCUCAUGCUCUGCGAUUGUCCUGGUCUGGUCUUCCCUUCCUUUUCAAGCUCAAGGCAUGAGAUGGUAGCUUGUGGCGUCUUGCCAAUUGAUAGAAUGACAAAGCACAGGGGAGCAAUUCAAGUGGUGGCAAAUCGUGUGCCAAGAGAGAUCCUAGAACAGGUUUACAAAAUCACCCUGCCAAAGCCCAAGGCAUAUGAGCAAGCAUCUCGACCACCAACUGCUGCUGAGUUGUUGCGGGCAUACUGCACAUCUCGAGGGCAUGUCAGCCAUGCUGGGCUGCCUGAUGAGACCAGAGCUGCUCGACAGAUACUGAAGGAUUACAUUGAUGGAAAGAUUCCCCAUUUUGAGCUUCCUCCUGGUGAGAUAGACGCUGGAACUGACAUGGAGGACACCAGUGAUGUAGAAGACUCCAACACUGCAGCAGAUGAUCAAGAAGAUGACAUCGCUUCUGAUGAACAUGACGAAGAAAUCAAUCGAGCUGAACCAAAUAUCAGUCAUGCCCUAAGCGACCUUGAAUCUUUCGACCUGCAUGGCGAAGUGUCCAAGGCUUCCACAAAGAAGAAAGAAUCAUCCCACAAGCACCACAGGAAACCCCAGAGGAAGAAGGAUCGUUCAUGGAGGGUGGGAAACGAUGGUGCCGAUGGAUCGGGGGUUAUAAGGGUGUUCCAGAAACCUGCCGUUAAUCUUGCCGCCACUAGCACUAGCGUUGUAGGUUAGUGCCUCAGUUUUGCUGGCUUGUGUUCUGUUGUUGAGUCCCUUUGCUGUAGGCUGCAGGCUUGUAGCCUCCUUCACAGCACAGUAGUUCUCGGUCUGUUUUGAUGGAAAAGCUUGUAGAAACUAUACCAAUCACCUCAGAAUAUUUCUACAUUUGUUUCAAUCAAUUUUCUGUGUUUACUGUAGGUUAAAUCAAUUUUCAAUCA